AUGACAUCAGUGCCCGAAACUACUCCAGAUCACGUUCGCAUCGUUAUGAAUUUGAAUAAUCCGAAUAGUAUACAAACAGUAGGGUACAUAAAUCCAUCAUCACAAUCAAGACCUCACAAUCAAGAAUACCAACAUCAGGACGCACGAAAUGGUAAUAAGCAUCAAACUUCUAAGCCAUCUGGUGGGCGCUGUUCGAAACCUUGCCUAAUUGGGCUUGGUAUUGGUUUGGCAAUUGGUGUGUUACUCGUGAUUGCUAUUGCGGUUCCAGUUGGUCUUACCAGAAGUUCUUCAUCGGGUUCAUCUAAUACGGUGACAACGAAUCAAGUCAAUAGUGGAACGACAUCCCAAGUUACAACUACUACAGUGAACACUAAAAAUUUGCAGUUAGUUCAAAACUGCAUUGGGCAGGAUAUUAGUAGACAACCGGUAAUUAUCGAUACUGACGUUGAUAUUGAUGAUUUAUGGGCCAUUCUUUAUUUGAUUAAUGUUCCAACGGUUGAUAUUCUCGCUAUUACGACUGUUGGAGAUGGAUUUAGUGCACCAUUGUAUUCGUCGAGCAAUGUCCUCAGUCUUUUGGGAUUAGUUGGCUGUACAGAUGGUAUUUCAGUCGCUAGCGGACUCAGUGUGUCAUCAUUAUCAACUGGCUGGACUGUAGCAAACUCAGUUCUUACGAACAUCGAUAGCUAUCUGACGUCACCCUCUUGUCUCAAUCAGUCGACCAACAUUUUCUUGCAACCAUCGCCAUUUGAUGCAGUUGAGUUGAUUAUAUAUACAUUGAAAUAUUCACAGCAACCAGUAGAUAUUUUGGUUCUUGGUCCCUUUACAAAUAUUGCUGCAGCUAUCACUCGAGAUCGCUCGAUUGUAUCAAAAAUAGGAACACUUUAUGUAUCUGGUGGCCAGUUCAAAUCAAUAUCUGAUUAUCCAACACUUAUACCAAAUCCAAAAUUAGGAAUCUAUCCUUAUUUAAAAAAACCACCUGGCACUAGUUAUAACGUCUUCUUAGGUAAAAAAAAAUGUUCAUUCUACUCCUGA